GCCUGUGUAUACACCCCUCUAGAAGAAAUACUAGAAUGUAUAUAACUUGUUCAUGUAUUCUGUUUUAUUUUCCUUAGAUGCCACAUAGACCUUAUUUCUGAAUAGGCUCUGAAAUGAGUUUAGAGGCAAAACUUUAUUAAUGCCAAGAUCACAUAAUAUAUUUCCCAUACCCUAGUGUUUUCUUGUAAAGUACAACAAUACUAUACAAAGGAAAUACAAUAUACUACAGCCAUUAGGAACACCAUAUAUCAUGUAUUCAUACUGAUGACAGACAACGUACGAGUAAACUUUAUAGACUAAAAUAAUUCAGUUAUUUUCUUUCUUAACCGUUGACCAGAAUCCAACUCACACGAUACAUAUACCUUUUAAGCUUUUUAAAGCGUGCAAAAGUCAUUUUUAUUGGUACAACAUGAAAAGAUACUAAUAAUGACUUGUUGUUUACAGUUUAUUUAUUCUACCAUGUGUUAACAUUUUUCCCCUUUUGAUAUGAAAGGUGAGCUUUUGAUAUCUGAUGCGCAAAUCAUAUGAAAUAAGAUAAAGAAAAUAAAAAGGGAAAGGAUUAACCAUAUGUAUGGUAAUGUCAUAUUAUUUCUCUAAAUGUGAUUUUUUUAAAUAACUUUUGUACUGAAAACAUUUUCGCAAUAAAUAAAAUGCUUUUAAUAUUGGUAACAUAAUUUUUUAUCAUUUCUAAGUCAAUUGGCACUGUACUCUGAAAAUUUAUAAGUAUUACAUAAUUAUAACAUGCCUAUGUGCAAAGUGUACACAAGACAGCGGGCCAAUAUAAGUUUUGAAAAGCCCGCGCCCGCUAACUUUCUGAUUGGUCAAGGCGCUGACGUCAUAACCAAUCAAUCGAAGAUAAAACUGCGCGAGCAAUUUUUCUAAACUCAUUUCAAUCAUUUUCAAAUCAUUUGUUUGUCAAUUCUAUAAGAAAACGGUACUCUCUGACCAGUCUACAUCAUCAUAGGUAUGUUAUAAAUCGUUUAUGUCACUAUCGUGGCACAUAUGCCCUCGGUUCUCAGAGAUCAAUGUCCCUCCCAAGGUCGGGCCAUAUAUCACUGAGAUCUCGGGCAUAUAUGCCACGAUAGUGACAUAACCUCUAAAUAUAAUUCAUUUUUGUAUAAUUAUGAAAUUGAGUCAUACCAGCACUUUUUAAUAAAUUAAACUUUGAGGACAAAUUUUCUUUGAAAAGGUUACAUUGGGACAAAGAGUUAGCAGAUGGGCAAAUUUUUAACAGGAAAUUAUUCAUGCAGCUAAACAAAAAUAUAGAACAACUACUUACAUUUAUGAAAUAUUAUUAUUGUAUGAUAUAUCAACAGAUUCACACAAUAAAAAUAUGCAGUUAGUUAUUUUUCUUUUUAGAUCAAUGUGAUAAGGAUAAAAUAUGACGCAAAUCAAGAAUAUGAAGAAAAUCACUUUGAUGUUGGGUCUACUCUUAAAUGUGACUUUGACAGUUUCACACCAACAAAAUUGGAGGAACUUUUAUCCAAAUGCAUUAAAAGUAUCUACUGAAUAUAAAAUUGAUGAACAAAUCAUAGACAAGUAUAUUGUAGCCGAACAGAAUGCAAAAACAAAGAUCAGACAUUUGAGAGAAGCUCCUGAAACUGAACGUGAUCAUGCAGAAAAACAAGAGAAAAAUGGCCUGAUUGUUUAUGCAGCAUCACCAGAUUGUUUCGCAACCAUUCCUCAAAAUGUCGCAAAGACAAUACGAAGCCAAUUUGCGAAAAAUCUGCAAUGUAAAAUAUCUGAUCAUGUGGUUGACAACUCUAAACUUGGAGCUCUAUACAAAAUGAAAAUUAAUGUUGAGACACUUGGAGAUGACGAUACAUCUCAGAUGCACUCAAUAACACUGGAUGCCAUCAACCGUAAGAAGCAGCAUGAAUAUGGCUUUGUACCGUACCAACUAGAGUUCCUGUCAUCUGCCCAGCUGUACCCCUAUAAGAACACUGUACAGAAGAACAAUGUUUGCAGAGGAAUUAACAUCAAACUCAAUGUCAGUAAUUGUUAUGUCUCUGACCUUGGACCAAGUGGUUUCUUUGAUAAAACACUUAAAGUUGUUAUUCUUGAUGUGCUCAGUGAGUUAUUCCUAAAGGAUUAUCAAAUAUGUGACCUUAAUGGAGAAAAAUCUGGAACAUGGCACCCAAUGUACCUCAAAUGCUGUUACAGGAAAGAAGUUAGGCUACAAGCAUCAGACUUCGACAACCCAGACACAGCCCAAACACCUCAGUAUACAAUCGGCUGUGAGGAUCCCAAUUUAUGGCAAAAGAUCCUAUUGAUAUUCAUACAGAUCUCAAGCCUAGUGGCCUUCAUCUUAAGCCCACUGACAGUCUACUGGUUGCAGCUAUAUAUUCCUGAUGAUCAAAAUCACACAUCAUGCUGGACUAGAAUUAAAUCAUGUUGUAGAUGCAUGUUGAAAAGAUCUAAAUGUCAGAAAAGGAAUAAAGACAACACUGAGGCUGAUAAUACAAAUGAUGAUGACGUAGCUAUGGAGAGUGAUGAUGUCAACAAUGGAGAUAACUGCACUAAAACUGGACUAUUGCUGUGUGUCCAAUGCAAAAGGGAAGAGAAUGCUAUUGUUGCAAAUGAUGACAAACAAGAGAGAAUGAGCAAUCAAGCAAGACAUAGAGAUUCAAGUGAGGGAGACAGUGGUGUAACUGAUGUACUAGUGAAAACGCCUGCAAAUAAAACUGAUGUUAACAUUGAACUAGACAAUAUUGAUAAAGAUGUGCCAGUGAACAGUGACGAAGACAGCUCUCAAUCAGAUGAUAGCAUAGAUGGCCGAAAGAAAAAGGAAAAUGUCUAUUUUGAUGGAAAGGCAGAAAUGUCUUUCAGGUUCUCAUAUGUUCUUCAUUAUCUGUUUCUAUGGUUCUUUGGUGGCUAUUUGGUGACACUACUCCGAAGGUUUCUAUUCAUCUAUCUGUUCUGCACUCUUCUCUUGUGUCAGGUGUAUGUCCUGAUGUCCUUCAAUGGACUGGUCCUAGAAAUGAAUCCACUGAUGAUGUAUCAGUCCAUGGCCUUGAAAUCCUUCAUUAAAUCUAUUCUUGAGUUGACUGUUGAAACUAACACUGUUCACCAAAAUAGCACUAUGGAAGAAAAUUUGGCAUAUGUCACUGAAAAAGCAAAUUGGAGUUUGAUAAUUGGUUUCCUAGUGUCUCCAUUAAUUGUAACAAUUGCUAUAUAUGUAUUUCUGUUUAACCCAUUGACGAGUCGCCACUCGAUUAGUAAGAUCCUGUCAUGGAAAGAGGACUAUAGAUUCUAUGGGCAGCCUCUGCCAGAUGAUUUGCAAACAGAAAUUGAUCAAGGUGAGCCACCAUUAAAGGUUGCCUACAAAAACAUGAAACAUAGAAUGUAUCUUAUAUGUUCUGGUUCAUUUUGGAGAUUUUUUUGGAGAUCUUUUAUAAAGGGUGAUGAAAGCCCAACAUCUAAAGUUAAGAAAGUCUUGAACAAAAUCAAAGUCAUUCUUAAAGCAAUCCUUUUUGCUGUUCCUUUGAUUUGGUAUUCAUUCCCAAUAUUUUCCAUUACAAAUGGUAUUCAGAAAUACCUCAAAAUGUACUACAGAACACAUACUCGACCAAAGGCCAUCACAAUAAUGACCUUAAACAUAAUUGGCGCAAUCAUUGUGUAUUGUAUCAUUGCUGAUUUUCUCUUCCUUCACAUCCAUGCCUUUACAUUCCUGGCUUUGGAUAUACUAUUUGGAGAUUCCGUAUCAUUUCUAAUUUUCAUCGGUGCUCUUGUGUACUACCUUAAAAGAAUAUUUGAUGAUGUUGAAGAUGAAUAUAUUCACCUUAAGGGACUACUUUUUGAGGAAGGAAUCACUCUUGAUGAGGAAAUGCUGGUGCAAGGGAAAAUACUCCUAUGCACAGAUGAGCCAUCUCGUCCCCUUAUAGAGAGGACUGAUGAUGGUGAUAUCAUGAUGCCCAGGUACAUCUUCAGCGAGGUUAGUGAAAUGAUCUUGCCCCUCAGGAAAGCAAUCUACAAGGCUCUCAGGAGAUUCCUUAUUACUUUCUUUCUUCUUGGCUUCCUACUCAUGGCUGUUGUGCGCAAACAGAGCAUGUCCAUUUCUCGAACUGAUUCAGAAAUAUUUAUUGCACUUUUCGCAGUUGCAAUCCCAAAGUUGAUUGGCUUGGUAGAUUCCCAGCAUACAACUGAUGUGGCAGAAAGGAAGAGGCGAUAUAGAAUCAGAAAGAUAUUUAAGGCUAUGACAGUGAUGGAGGAACGAAAAUCUCUGUCUUAAGAUUACAAUAUCAUUGGAUAAUCUAAACCCAAAACAUAGCUUUGAUAAACU